AUGAAUUGGUUUGGAAGUGACUUCUCGAAGUUGCCUGAGGAUGUUGCCUUACUCAGUAUACACUCACCUCUGUCGCUUUCACUCAUAGCACCCGAAGAAGAACAGCGAUUUAUUUCUAACUUGAGGGGCCCUGUGCCGGCCCAGGCCGUGGUAAAGCAGCCCACCCGGGGCGCCAGAAGCAGGACCACAACCACAGCGAUUGUCCAGACUGGCGGGGACUGGAGCACCGGCCUCUUCAGUGUCUGCAGAGACAGGAGAAUUUGUUUCUGUGGUCUGUUUUGUCCCAUGUGUCUUGAGUGUGACAUCGCCAGGCAUUAUGGAGAGUGCUUUUGUUGGCCAUUGCUACCUGGGUCCACCUUUGCGCUGAGAGUUGGCACCAGAGAGAGACAUAAAAUAUGGGGCACGCUCUGCGAGGACUGGCUGGCCGUGCACUGCUGUUGGCCCUUUUCCAUCUGUCAGCUGGCCCGGGAGCUCAAGACGAGGACCUCCCAGCUCUACGAAAUCUCCACGGCCCCUUCGACGAAAGACGUCUUUAUAUGA